AUGAACGAAACCUUGGGCAAUUUAAAUGGCACCUCUCGGCAAACAGUUUUUAUCUUCUGCUGGUUUGGUUCAAUGAGCUUAAUCAUUGCUAUUUUGAACACUGCAAUUUGCACUUUGCUUUGGACGCAAAAGCGACUUCACAACAUCAGCAACUUGUUCUUUGUCAACUUGGCCGUUGCAGAUAUUUUGGUCGGCUUUGUGGCGAUACCAUGGAAGAUGUUGUACUUUGGAGUGUCACCCGUACCUCAGUGGCUUACAGCAAUUGUCACGGCCGUAGAUUAUGUAUUAAGCUUAUCUUUCCUCAGCAUUUGUGCCCUAACCUACGACAGAUAUCAAGCAAUUCUCCAUCCACUAACAUACUGCAUUAAAAUGGGCGGCACAAAAGUGUGCAAAGUUCUGUUUUCAGUUUGGAUUCUACCAGGAAUGAACUUUCUAAAGCUAAUUUGGAUGCUGUCACCAGAAAUCUCCUUUCAGCCCUUGAACGGCACUUUUGAUGCAUUUCUUUUUUCUUUCUUACUAACAGCAACUGGAGGAGUUGUUUUUGCUUAUGUUCGAAUUUCUUGCGCGGCCACAAUGCAGGAAAACCGAGUGCGGAAAUUAAACGUCCAUGCCCCGAGAAAUCAACGAUUAAAGUUUAGCAAAGCAAUAAGAUCCUGCCUCGGUGUUACAAUCUGUUUCGCGUGUUGUUGGUUGCCACGAGGAACCUACUUGAUUGCAAGAAGUUCUCAGUUUUCUACGUCUUACGAAGAAUACGAUCUGAUUACAUUUGGCCUGAUGUCUUUAUCGCCAGUUUUAAAUCCAAUCAUUUAUUCCAUCUUCAACCGCGACAUUAGAAAAACGUUAGAGGUACUUUGGAACAGAUGCCAAGAAAAAUCGAGAUUGCAGAACCAAAAGUUUGGAAGUUCUCACGCUAGUUCAUCACGGACAGUCAACACGAUCACCCGCAGCGAACACAUUGAACUGUCAAGAAAUGCAAAUUUGUAG